UCGUCCACCGUUUUCAUAGUUCGCUAUUCAGUCUUGUAAGCGCAGUGGGCUUCUUUAUCUCCUUGGUUUGUGCCCGGUCGUCUCAGCUCAGCCGAGUCGAAGGCUCACAGGGAAACAGUUCUAUUUCAGUAUUGGAUAGCCCAUCUGCUUCAGCUGGCUAGAUGUCUGCAAAGGGAAGGAAAGUUUCGGGGAGGGGGGAAACGAUGGCAGCAAAUUAUGCAUUUGGCCCUCUUGAAGAUGAUAUAAUCAUUAAGCAUAGACUAUUAACGCGAACUACAACAACAAGAGGUGAACCGCCGUUGAAGAAACUUCAAAAGAAAUUCACCUCCUUUGUCGUAGAAGUUGAGAAGGAUGAAGAUAACUAUGGUGAGUGUGAGAAAUUGUCUAGAGCCUUCUUACAGGAGCUUUCUACUUUUGAGAUUCCUCUUCUGAAGAGCAAGGCGGUUGUUGGUGCUAACGUCAGAGAGAAGGAUAAUUUCAAUGAGUUGAAAGAUGAGAUCAACAGGCAGAUUCUGCAGGCACAGACUGAUAUAGAAGAGCUGAAGAAGCAACUUGAGGAGAGUAAGAUUGAGAGGAAGCAUAAAGAGGAGUGUGAGGCAAUUAGAAAGUUGAUUGCUAUGCAGCCACCAAGAUCGGAGACACAGAAGAUCAUUACAGAGCUGGAGACAGAGAUUGCAGCUCUUGAGGCUGAGAAUACAGCAAGUUCAAGAAUGCUUGAGCUUAGGAGAAAGCAAUUUUCCUUGUUAUUGCAUGUGGUGGAGGAGCUACAGACUACUUUAGAGGAAGAUCAAAAGUAUUUGAUUGAGGAGAUGCGGAUUGCCGCAGAAGAACAGAAGAAUGGAUUGGAGGAUGCUAAUGGAGGCUCUGAAGCCAUGGUGGUUGAUUAAUGGGUAUGUUGUGCUGAUGCUGAAAAUAUAGUUGUGUGUACUCUGCCCAUUUUUCUUUUUUAAAUGGUGACUUGGAUUUAUUAGUGUGAAGAAAGACCUUUUGUUCAAUGUCAGUCCAUUUCUGCGGAGCGAGAAGGUUAGGAUUCAACGCCACAGCUUCUCAUUCAAUUCUUCUUUUCAUGUUUUGCCAGGUUGCUUUACAUGGCCAUGUUGCAAUGGCUUGAAAUGCAAGAUGUCCACAUUUUGUUGUAGACCCUUGAAUCUACUGCUGGUUUUAUCUGAGUUAAAAUACGUGUAAGCAUUAUGAGGUGAUCAUCAUUGAUUGAA